UUGGCAAGGACCCCAGUCGUCCCACUGGGGAGAGACUUUCUGAAAAUGUCGUAAUGAGGCUGAUGGAACCAUUCCUAGACAAGGGCAGAAAUGUUACCACGGACAAUUUUUUCACAUCGCUUUCACUGGCACAAAAACUUCUUAGACGGAAAACCACCAUCCUCGGCACAGUCAACAGGAUUCGCAGGGAAAUUCCUCAAUCCACUAGACAGACAGAUCGCAAUGCAUUCACCACUCAGGUGUUUUCAACCUCUGCUGCCACGCUGACGGCGUAUGCGGCCAAACGGAAGAAGACAGUCUAUAUUCUUAGCAGCAUGCACGGCGUGGUUCAGACUGAUAACACCACCAAAAGGAAGCCAAACACUGUCACCCUUUACAACAAAACAAAGUGUGGCGUGGAUGUGAUGGACCAGAUGGUUCGGGAGUACACUGUCCGCAAAGGAACACGGCGCUGGCCAGUCGCCGUGUUUUAUAACAUGAUUGACAUGGCAGCACUGAAUGCACAUGUGCUGUAUCAAGCAUGCACCGGGACGAAGGAAAGACGGGUGGACUUCCUGGUGGACGCUUGCAAAGAGUUGGCUCGCUCUCAUGUAGCUGGGAAGAAGUUGGUGGCGGCAAUGCACCAUUUUGCUGUUUGCCAACCGCCUGUAAACCCUAUACGGCAGAAGAAGAAGGGGGCGGAGCAAAGUGUGUGUGCAGGAGAGGAGCCGAGCAGAGAGAGCUGCUUUUUCAUGAAACGGGAGUAA